UUCAACACCCUGCUACACUCUGACUACUGCAAGUCUCGUGCUUCCGACAUCAUCGACAGGGCCACCGUCUCCUCCUGGCCAGGAACAACGCUGAAUCUGUUGAAAUUUCCGAUUAUUAAUCCUACAUGUGACAGGAUAUUCCGAAGGCAGAAGAGGCUGAAAGAGGAGGCAGCAAAAACAGAAGAUGAGCUAAGCAGUGAAGAAAAAAAGUUCCUUAAUAGACUUAAAAAGCAAGGUUACUUAGUGGGAAGAGUUGGAAGAACAUUUCGACAGCAGCAGUCUAGCCGUGCGAUUGGCUUUGACCCUGACGUGCUCUCCUACAGCAUAGAUGAAGAUCCUAAACCUGCUUCUAAGAAGCGUGAGAAAAGGGAGGAGUUCACGUACAAUGAAGUGAAGGAUGCUCGCUGGUGUUUUGACACUCCAGGGAUUGUAAAGGAAAAUUGUGUUUUAAAUCUCCUGACAGAUAAAGAAGUAAAGCUGGUUUUGCCCACAACUGCCAUUGUUCCACGGACCUUCAUUCUCAAGCCAGGAAUGGUCUUGUUUUUAGCAGCCUUGGGACGUGUAGACUACUUAGAGGGAGAAAAGCCUGCCUGGUUUUCUGUCGUGGCUUCUAACCUGUUGCCAGUGCAUGUUACUUCCCUGAGUAAUGCAGAUGCCAUCUACAAGAAGCAUGCUGGCCAAGAGUUACUAAAGGUUCCUAUGGGUGGGGAAGAGCGAAUGAAAGAGUUCCCUCCCCUUGUCCCUCAGGACAUUACACUGAAGGGAAUUGGUACCACUGAGGCAGUCGCAGAUAUCAAGCUUUCUUCUGCAGGCUGGGUGGCAGUGACAGCUCACCCCGAAGAGAAACUGCUGCUCCGAGCCUAUACUCCCCAGGGCACCACACUGGUGGUGCGGGAGCCUCCCCUUCUGCCGUACAUCAGCACCGUCAGAGGAUCCCGGAUCCCAGGCACUGCUGCCUAUAGGACCAAAAAGCCUCCCUCUCUGGUGGAAAACCUGAAAACCACAGGGAGGAGAUAGCAUUGCUCGUCACCUGAGCAAGG